CGACGACGCGCUAAUUACGGUAGAGGCCGUUUUAGUUCUAUUUGCACGGAGUCGCGAGAGAAAGCUGUCGACGCUUUUCAAGACCCUGAUCUUAGUUGAUUGACACCACUACAGGAGAAAUGCCACCGCGACGUGUGACGAGAUCCAUUCCGGCAUCACCUUUUGAGGUGCCAGAGCAGUCUGGGUCUGAUGAGGUUCAGGAGUUGCGUGCUCAGGUGAGCGCGUUAGUAGGGGCUAUGCAGAGGCAGGAGGAGAACAUAAAGAGGUUGCAGGAUCUAGUGUCGCAACAGGCGACAACAGCAGCUUCUGGGAGUCAGGAUGUACCUAUCCCGGAUCCGCCAGUGGUAGUACCCCCUCCUCCAGCUUUUAUUCCUCCUGUGGUCUCUGGGCCUUCUAGUUCUGAUUCGGCCGCGACAAAGGCCGAGCACGAGCGAUCCUUAUCAGUACUGACGGCGUUCAUGCGGUUUAAUCCGCCGAUGUUUGACGGGAAAGAAGCCGAUCCUUGGGUAUUGGAGACGUGGUUCACAUCGAUGGAAGCCUUGUUUGAUGAUAUAUAUACCCUGGAAAAGGAUAAGGUUCAUUUAGCAGCGCACUGUUUUGAGAAGGAUGCCCAGAUCUGGUGGCAAAAGGCCAAGAAAAGCCGAGGUCUAAACACUUCAUCAAUUACCUGGGAGGAGUUCAGAGAGAUUGUAUUCAUGGAGUACUUCCCAGAUAGCGACAGAAGAAAGAUGAAGGAAGAUUUUAGGAAGUUGAGACAGGGGAACCGUUCGGUACGGGAGUACGAACGGGAGUUUACUCAUUUGGUGAACUGUGUACCAGGCAUGGUUCAUACUGAUAGAGAUCGAGCAGAUUACUUCGAGCGGGGGUUACGGCCUGAAAUAUUUAAGAUAAUUAGUGCUCUAAAGUUAAAGUCAUUUGAGGAAGUCCUGGAUCGAGCGCUUUGGGUGGAGCGCGGAAAUGCGAUUGCGCGUGAGGAACGCGAGUCGUUUGAUAGAGAAAAGGGAAAGAAGCGGACUACUAGUGGCGCCGGGGGACAGUCGAGCUCUAAACGACCCCCUCGGUAUCCACGGCCACAGCAGAGGUAUCAGGGACCCCCGGGAUGUGUGAUUUGCGGCGGGAAUCAUCAAGCGGUAGCUUGUUCACAAAAGGACGGUAAAUGUUUUAAGUGUGGACAGCCGGGACACAUUAGUCGUGAUUGCCCGAGAGGAGCAUCAUCUGCUCAGCCUACAGCUUCAGUUCAGUCGCCUGCGAGGCAGCGUGCGGGUUCCCCACCCGCUAUGUCAGCUGGACAUACUUUUGUGCCGCGUCAGUACGAGCCACCCCGACCUGCACCGAGUGGUCGUGUCUUUGCAGCUAAGGUUGAGGAUCCUGCCGUGGUCGACGAUGUCGUGGCAGGUAUUGUUUUACUUUAUAGUACUAGAUCGCGUAUAUUAUUGACACUGGUGCAUUGCAUUCGUUCAUUAGUAGCUCAUUUGCUAGAACGCAUGACAUUGAGAAGUCGGAUGAUAUUCCGAGGGAUUGCGUAACAGUAAUGGCGUUACUGUUGGGAGGUCGUUAGAUGAUCGCCUGGUUUUGGCGAGUUAAUUGAGUUGUACCUCAAAUCAGUUGAGGAAAUUGUGUUUAUGUAUGAUAGUUGUAGGCUAAGUUGCCUAACGAGCACUUGAGAAGUGCUAUCUAGCGAGAGAUGCGAUCGUGUUGGACACUUGAGUUAGUUGUCCGUAGAUUGUGGAUUGUGGAUCAGCCUGAAGAGUGAAUUGGCAGUAGCACUUUAGCAGGGCUAAGUGUGAAGCGGGCCAUGGAUCACUCUUAGGGCUGUUGGCUCGCACUAGGUGCUUAAGAACCGUUAGAGUGUGUAGCUCUAUUGAGCAUGUCGUGUAGGACGACGUUAGCGGGUAGUGCUUGGGGACGAUCCGUGC